AUGGUGGACAUUCCUCCCCCACCAAGGUUGAUCAUCCCAGUUCGACCUCAGACUGCUGUGCUGGCAGUUCCACAGAUUAUAAUAUGUGCCUUUUUCUGUGUUCACUGCAGAUUUGCAAGUACCAUCCCCUUUUGGGGCCUUACUUUGCACCUCCAGCAUCUGGGAAGCAAUGUUUUCCUGUUGCAGACUCUCUUUGGUGCAGUCACCCUCCUGGCCAAUUGUGUUGCACCUUGGGCACUGAAUCACAUGAGCCGUCGACUAAGCCAGAUGCUUCUCAUGUUCCUACUGGCAACCUGCCUUCUGGCCAUCAUAUUUGUGCCUCAAGAAAUGCAGACCCUGCGUGUGGUUUUGGCAACCCUGGGUGUGGGAGCUGCUUCUCUUGCCAUUACCUGUUCUGCUGCCCAAGAAAAUGAACUGAUUCCUUCCAUAAUCAGGGGAAGAGCUACUGGAAUCACUGGAACCUUUGCUAAUAUUGGGGGAGCCCUGGCUUCCCUCGUGAUGAUCCUAAGCAUAUAUUCUCCACCCCUGCCCUGGAUCAUCUAUGGAGUCUUUGCCAUCCUCUCUGGCCUUGUUGUCCUCCUCCUUCCUGAAACCAGGAACCAGCCUCUUCUUGACAGCAUCCAGGAUGUGGAAAAUGAGUGAGUAAAUAGCCUAGCUGCCCCUCAGAGGAGCUCUGUGCUAUAGGUCUGUGCUGAGGAAAGCAAAACACCAUUUAGGACUACCAUCCCCCAAAAAGGCUUAGAUCUGGGCUAUUCCCAUGUAGUCAGUGCCUUUGCCUUUGGUGUAUCCUCAUCCCUUCCACAGUGACCUCAUACAUCCCCUGAGCCUCACCAGAUCACACAGACCAUCUCUGCCCAGCCUGUCCAGGAGGUUAAUUUGUGGUGAAAAGACCAAAAUUAGGUGACCUCUGCCCUUCCUGCCCUAGUAUGACAUGCAUACUCUUGAAGGUAUUCUACAAACACGCAGAGAUCCAAACACCAUCUUCUCAUCCCUGGGGAGCCCUCAGCCCAGUGAGUGUACCUGUUAGCUGUCUGGCAUUGCCAGUGCUUACAGGCCUGACUCCCAGGACACUGAAGAAUUUGUGAGAGACUGUAUAGAAAAUAAGAGCCCCUCCCACAGAUGAGAAGUCCUUUUGUUUCACAUGUGAGAUUCAGUCUAUCUAAUUUUCACGGGGGAAAAAAAGUGUUGGAAAAGAGGAAAAGAAGUAAUAAGUAAAGGAAUUUUUUAAGUAAUGAAGAAUGAGAAAAGGUUCUAAAACUUUUCUGUGCUUCUCUUGCCUUUUCCAAAAUCGCUUCGGUCAAUGCCAUGGUGUCCAAGUGUGAGAGUUGAAGCUAUUCAAGCUGCCUUCCCAGAUCCUAGGCUGGGAGCUUGGUUUUUUACUUCACAAGGUUUACACAAAUACUUGGGGGCAGAGGCACGUUUUUUAUUAAAGCUAGUGGGCAAAGAAUCAGUAUGUCCUAAAGAAUGCAGGACUUAUAUGUUUAGUCCACGUCUUUCAUUUUUGUGCUUUUUUGUUUGUUGGUUUCAUUAUAUCUGCACCAGGAGAAGAUGCUCCAGAAAAGCAGGGCAGGAAGAUACCUGCAGCAAAGUGACACAAUUUUAAGGAAUUCCAGGUGCUGAUUGCUGAUUAAACAGCAAGAUAAAGGAAAAAUCGAGACCAUUUCUAGAUACUA